AUGAAAGACAUGAAAGACGUGAAAGACAUAAAAGACAUGAAAGACGUGAAAGACAUGAAAGACAUGGAAGACAUGGAAGACAUGAAAGACACGGGAGACACGGGAGACACGGGAGACUCGGGAGACUCGGGAGACACGGAAGACACGGAAGACACGGAAGACACGGAAGACACGGAAGACACGGAAGACACGGAAGACACGGAAGACACGGAAGACACGGAAGACACGGAAGACACGGAAGACACGGAAGACACGGAAGACACGGAAGACACGGAAGACACGGAAGACACGGAAGACACGGAAGACACGGAAGACACGGAAGACACGGAAGACACGGAAGACACGAAAGACACGAAAGACACGAAAGACACGAAAGACACGAAAGACACGAAAGACACGAAAGACAUUGAAAACAUGAAAGACAAGAAAGACAAGACAUUGAAGACAUUUAUUCCAAUCGACCGGCAACUGUCCCUGCCCAAUCAACGUGGGAACGAAGAUAUUGAAGAAAAAACC